GAAAACGCCGUAGUAGGUCACACAUGGUUGGAAUAAAAUUGGAUUCAUUCUAUUACAAUAGUCUACUAAUUGCAUAGCUAAUUAACUGGGCGAUACGUAACGUUGAUUUAUCUCGAUACACUUCGAUCGGGCAACGAAACAAUUUACUUUCAGUUUUACCGAAAGGAACUCGGCGCAAAUCGGAGUGCGUGUCGCUGGAUGUGCGAUCAUGGAAGCCAGAGGUGAUGAAGAGGUUGCGGAUGACAUCCGGCCACCUAACGCUCGCGAUUGUCCAUCCGAGUCCAGGGACGAGCGGUCCGAUGAGCCUCCAGAGCAGCUGGAUGUGGAUGAAGAAGGUUCGUUCGUCCACUCCACGACUCUGACCAACAAGCAGCGCGGGAACGAGGUGACGGUGCGCCCCGCCACGUUAGACUCUCUGUCCAUCCACCAGUUAGCGGCACAAGGCGACAUUUCACAGGUGGCUGCACACCUGACUAAAGACGGUUCGCUGCUGAGCCAACAGGACGAGCGCGGCUUCACGCCUCUCAUGUGGGCCGCGGCCUUCGGAGAGAAAGCGGCGCUGGAUUUUCUCCUGGAAAAGGGGGCGGACCCCAAAACAAUUGCGAGGGAGCGAGAGAGCGCCCUGACGCUGGCCAGCUCCGGAGGUUACGUGGACAUCGUUGAGUCUCUUCUCAGACAUGGAGUGGACAUUGACACUUAUGACUGGAACGGUGGAACUCCUCUUCUUUACGCCGUGCGAGGAAACCACAUCAAAUGUGUGGAGGCCCUGUUAGCCAAAGGGGCAGACAUGACCAUUGAGUCGGAUUCCGGCUACACGCCGAUGGCCUUGGCUGUUGCCCUCGGACACAAGAAGAAAAGUGCUGGAGGAUCACAUCCUGAAACUGUACAAGCCACCAACGUGACACUGGCUGCCAGCCGGAGGGGAGCGGAACGAUCUACAACUAAUAUACGUGCAUGCACAUGGGGACACUCAACCUGGGGAAACUUAUUUUUAAAAAUUGUUUAUUCCAUUUGUGGUCUUUCCAUUCUUUGUAUUACAAUGUACUGAAGCAUUUUAAGGACCAAAAUACAACACAGUGCAGCAGUUUUUAUUUGGCUGAAAGACACUUUCACUGUAACACUGUUAAGUUUGAAUAAAAAAAAUGUAUUUUUA